UAGAAGAUUGAAGACAAAAGCAAAGCAUAUACCUCUGAGCAAGACUCUCUCAGAGUCUCACUCACUCUUCUCACUUCUCAGUUCAUCAUCUGCAAGCAUUUCUCAGUUCCACAGUAAUGGCAAUGGCAACUUGGGUUCUGUUAGCUUCACUAUUCUUGGUCUCUGUUUCAGCUGACAGUAAAAAUAACACUGCAAAUGAGCUUGUCUCCGUACUCAACAGCAAUCGAACUGGUCACAAAGCAUCACUUCUUGCAGACAAUCAAGGACUAGCCUGCAUUGCUUUGCAAUACAUAAAAGCAUAUCAAGGCAAAUGCGAGGAUGUAGAUAACAAAAAACCUCUUGACUCAGACAUUGCUGAUACUUUUGCUCCCAGCUGUGGCGUCCAAGCAUCAACCUUGACACCAAUAACCGGGCGGCUAAUAGGUUGUCAAUCUAAAUACAUCUCUGCACCUGAAGCAUUUUCAACCCUUCUAGUUCCUAGCAGCAAGGGACUGGAUAUAUUAUACAAUAAAAACCACACUCAAGUUGGGGCAGCAGUGAAAGGUACUGAUGGCGGGUCGCCGUAUUUUUGGUGCGUGCUUUUCAGUAAUGGAAAAUCAAAUAGCAGUUUCCUCGUUGAUGGAGGCCAGAUCAAAGACCAAGGUCCUGGAUGUUUCAGUGGAACAAGCGAUGAUUGCAGUAAUGCUAACGGAUCUCACAGGGUUCUUUGGUUACAUGUGAUCGGAAGUUUAGCUGCUGCUGUUUAUGCAUUAGGUUUCUGAACCUUUUCUGCACGCAUUUCUGUUUAAAAACCCGGCUGUUCUACUUCAGAAGUAGUUUAGAUCGAUAUCAGAGAUGUGCUUAAACUUGUUUUCUGGAAUUUCUUUUUGUAUUUGUAGUGUUGAAGCCAUAUACGAAUGCAGCUUGAAUGUUUCACAAGCCUCUCUAUGGAUUGACAUUCUCUGCAAUAAAGCUGUUAAGC